AUGGUUGUGUCCAAAUUCGAACAAUUACCAGAUGAAAUUAUUCUUGAAAUAUGUCUAUAUUUAAGACCAUUUGAUAUUAUCGAUGGAUUUAUCCAACUUAAUUCGCGUCUUAAUCGAACAAUAAGUCAAUUUAGACAAAAUGCAGACAUUCAUCAUUUAACCUUGACACAAUAUCAACGUUGGUAUUUACAUUUACUACCAUAUACAGCAAAACAUAUUAAAAAGUUAGUUUUAAGUAAUUGGAAUUCUCCUGGACAAAUACGUCUUUUUAAUCAAUCAAUAAAAUAUUAUAAAUCACUUCAUCAUUUAUUACCAAAUCUUAAACAACUUCGAUUAAUCGAUUUUAGUAAUGAUGAUGUUGAUAUUCUUCCUAAAUUAUCAUUGAUUGAUAAAAUUCUAAUUGAUAUAGAUGCAUUAAGACCUUUACUUCAUUCAACAAAACUUCUUCUUGAUCAAUAUCUUUUUUGUUCAUCAUUUCCAUUCAAAGAAAUACGUCUUUGGGUUGGUGAAAAUGGUUUUCGUUUACAACAUAAUAAAGAUCUUAUUACAAAUCCUAAUCUUGAACAACUAACAAUUGUUGUUGCACAUAUUGAUGAUCUCAUACUUUUAUUCAAACGUUCACCUAAUCUUUUAAAAUUAUAUGCUGAAAUUAAUUCAUUUACAUCAGAUGAACCAAAACAAUAUGCUACAGCUGAAGUUAUGCCUAAAAAAUUAACUGAUUUUCAUAUACAAACUAAUGAUCAAAAAGCUCUUACAUUUGAUGAUCUAUUUGUUAUUAUAAUUCAUAUACCAACAAUAAAAUUACUUUCACUCGAUAUUGAAACAAAUGAUAUGGAUUAUGCUGAUGGUCUUUGUUGGACAUUAUUAACAUCACGUUUACCUAAAUUAACACGUUUAUAUUUUCGUACAAGAAUAUGGAUGGGAACAGGAUCAACAUUUAUUGAUGUUAGUCCAUUUAUUGAAUCAUUUGCACGAACAAAUCUACCAAUUAUUUGUUAUGCUGAUAGUCGAGUACUUCAUAUUGAUACCAUUCCAUAUGAUAUGCAUGAAUUUGAAACAAAUAUGAGUGUAACAUCAUCACCAUCAGUUAAAUAUGGUAAAACAACAAAUAAUGAAUUAUAUCAACGACAAGCUCAUGGUGUUCAAUCACUUUUUCUCUCAGGACGACAUGAGAAAACAUUUAUAACCGAUUGGUUAUAUGUUCUUAAUCGUUUUCCAUGUAUACAAGCACUUGAUCUUACAUCUGUGAAUAUAAUUGAUCAAAAACAUAUUUAUGAACAAAUACAUUUACCACGUCUUAUUGCAUUAAGAUAUGUUCGAUCAACAAGAUGUGAAAUUAAUAUCCCGUUUUUUCUCUUACUUGUAACAAAAAAUACAAUAACUCCUAGUCUUCGUGCAUUAACAAUCAUGUAUGGUGAUCUGAUUUAUUUAUGUAAACGUUUACCUAAUUCAACAUUUGAUCGAUUAAAAGAACUUUGGUUAUUUAGUAGUGAUACAGAUGGUCGUAUAAUUAUUAAAGAUAUGAAUUUAUUACUUAAUACAUUUCCAUAUUUACGUAAUUUCUCAUUUUUAAUGCAUUCAAGCAGAUCAAUAAAUAGACAUAUUGAACAAAUUAUUGAAAUGACUUUAUGUUCAUUACCAAAUUUAAUAAGUUUUCGUAUGACAUGUCGAAAAGGUUCAUUUUUAUUACCUUCAUUAGUUGAUAAUGAUAAACGAAAUACAUGGAUUAAACGAGUAUUUGGUAGAAAUCAAUGUGAACAUAUUCAUUUGAUAAUUAAUAAAAAAGAAAUAUCAGUUUGGAAAUAA